GCGGCGCGGAGGCCCGGGAGUGGGGGGAAUUAUUGCGAGCCUUUGUGCGGGAAAAGCCCUCGGCGGGGCAGCGCUCCCGGUGGCUUGCACAAGCGCGCGCGCGAGGGAGGGGAGAGCCGGCGCCAGGGCGCGCGCCCGGCUCGUUCGCAUGGCGGUCACGUCGAGCGAUGAGAGAGGAGACGUCAAAAGAGCCUUAUGAAUAUUGAUGCGGAGGCUCGGCUGCUUCGGUAAAGGAGCAGAAGGAAGCAAGAUGGCCGCCUUUUAGGAUUGGGCAGAAGGGAGACCGGCUGGAUUGCGCGAGGCGGAGGGGACUCCUGGAAAGAGAUACGAUAAAAGGGCAGCCUUGUGGAUGGCCCUAAAAUAGGCCAGAUGGAACAGGAUAGAACCAGCCAUGUUGAAGAGAGUAGUUUGAGCCCAUUUCUAAUACCGCAUCCUUCUCAUGUUUGCCAGGCAGACCCUUUGUCAGUGAAGCUGCAGAAUGGAAACCCGUUAGCAGAGAAGACCCACGACGAGGUCAAUGGCAACCACUCGUGCCUGCAUUUCAAGACCAACCUUGCAACGAAGCAUGCCACAAAAGGAAGUGUAAAUAAUCGAAUAAGCCCGGACCUUCUGCAGGAAAAGAGAGAUUGUGCCAGGUAUAUGCAAAAUGGUGGAAUAAAACGCACUUUUAGUGAACCUUCUCUGUAUGUGCUCCACCAGAACAAGAAACUGAGACAAGAUGAAGACACAAGAGAAGGAAAAGAGUCCUCUUUAGGCAGCAGUGAUCCACCAGACGCUUCUAAUUCCUGCAGCGAGAACGACUUGGCGGAUUUUGCAGAAGAAAAAAAUGCAGCUUCAGUUCUUAUACAGUCUUCAAGAUACAACUCUGGUGCUUCAGAAACUCCACAAGUCCCCCAGGUUCAGAAUGACCUGGAGAACAAAAAUAUUAAUUGCCACAAUGGGGACACUGCCUUGUUAUACGAGAACAAGGCAAUGCCAAUGUGUAAUGGUGCUACCGUUUCCGCCUCUCCUGUGGAAAACGUGCGUGGUGAACUUCUGGAGAAAACACUGUCUCAGUAUAAUCCAGACCACGUUUCCAUUGCGAUGCAGAAUACGACGUCUCUCAGAAAUGCCAUAAACACUCGGGCUGCUAAUGAGUUGGCCUGUGGGGCACCACAUUCAUCCCAUACCUCAGGGCAGAUCAGCUCCCCACAGACCUCAAACUCUGAGCUGCCUCAGGUGCUAACUGCCGUGGCUGCUGAGGUCCACUGUACAGAAAACUCCAAUAAAACACUGAUAUUGCCAGCAUGCUACACGUUUCAGAACCCAGAACUACAGUUGCCGCAACAAAAUUCUGCAGAUGCGCAUCAGUCCCCUGGUGAGGACACGGGUGUCCCAGAAAGCGCGGAGCAAGGUCCCGGCCAGAAUUUCUCAUUACUCAAUCAGGAUUUCUCACUAAAUCCCAGCAACAAUCUGAAAGGUGCAAACCGCAGCUCAGAGAUAUUGCCUGAGCCAGCAGAAGACAAUGGUGCUUUGUUUCAGCAACACUCCAUGUUCAAGAAAGAUUCUUUCAGUCCACCUCCUGGGGCAGCGUCAUCCUCAGCUUCAGAAAUAAGCAAUAUUCUGGCCAUCGGGGCUACAGACGGGCCUAAUUCUUAUGAGGCUGGAAGAAAUUUAAAGGAAGAAAUUCGUUUGAGGGAAGAAGAGAAUAUAGAACAGCAACACCAGCAAGGGCAGCUUGCAACCCAAAUUCCGGGCCUUCUCCAACAAGCACUUAGUUCCCAACAGGGUCUUCAAAAAGAGGUUCAGAUUCCACAACAGAUGGGCAGUGAGGCAGAUCUGGUGAGCACAGGGAUGCCAUCAGGUAUCAGGCAGCAGUAUCCAGAAGAAAUGAAGCCAAACUUGGAGCCUCAAGUUCAAGACUCAGGAAUAUUAGGAAAUAGGAAAGAGAUGCAACAACAUUAUCAACAUAUACUGGGCCAGAUUAACCAGGAGACCCUUGUUGGCAGUGAAAAGGGUCUGGCUAAAGACUGUCAGAUGCAGCCAUCACAGCCUUGUUCACAACCUCCUUGGGCAAGAAUGGCUCCCUCUCAGCUUCACCCUGCUGAUUCACCCCACAAAUCAAAUGAGGCGCUUUUGAGGACCAUGCUUCAACUCCAGUCAAAUUCGAGUGAACAGACACAUCCAAGGCAGUAUUCUGGGAGCCCUGAUAUCUCCAAAGGGCUUUUGGGGCAGCCGUGCCAGCAGAACGUUCUGCAGUAUGAACCGGUGCCCGCACUAUACAAGAAUGAGGCAACACAGCUGCCGCCUCACUUUACGGCUGACCAGCAAGUGCAGUUCCAAAAGCACUCACCACAACCUACCCACACGGACCCUCUGAUAAAGUCCCACAAACACCAACAAAACACCAAGCACUUUCACUUCCCAAGCCCAGCCGAACACUGCACUCAACAGUCUUUGGAGGCACAGUUGAAGCCGCAGCACUUGCGUUCUUCGCCAAUGGAGAAUGAACCAUUCCUACAGUCACACAUUUUGCAACAAAUGCUCCAGUCCCAGCCAACGCAGCUGCCACAGAGCACACAACUCACCUUGAACCCCCAGCAGCAAACAGUGCAAAUGAAGGCCAGAGAAGCCCCUCAGACCUUUCCCCACUCCAACAGCAAUCAAGAGCAGCAACAGGGAGGGACCCACCUGAGUCAGCUUAAAUUAGAAGACUGCUUUGAACCAGCAAGCAAUUAUUUUAAAUCGCCGGAGUUCCCCGGACAAAACCCCCAGACUAGACCAGACCGAGUAUCAAGUAUGAACAAUGAAGAUUCCCUUUAUAAUAACACUUUUAAAGCAAACACUGUCAUGAAGCAUUCCUACCCAAACAACAUGCACUUAGCAUCUGAGAAAAAAGAGCCUGGCAUGAACUCUGAACUCUUUUCAGAAAACCUAACACAUGACUUGCAGUAUAUCCAGUAUUAUCCAAAUAGCAUGACCCCCAAACAUGAUGUGCCCCAGUGCUAUCAAGAGCAAAAGCCACAGUCACCACAGACUUCAGGUGUACAGCUACCUUUCCGGCAGACCCAGGGAUAUCCUAACUUGAAUGCCAACGUGUGUGGCCAGCCUCAAAGGUACUCACCAUAUAAUCAGCAAGCGCCAUCCCACACACUAGAUCAGAGAGGGGGCCACCUUCCUUCUCAACCCCACCGGGAUUUUCAGAAGCACGCUGCACUUAGGUGGCAUAUCUUAAACAAGCAGGAACAACUCAAUCAAAACAAAUCCGAGAUGUGUGCUGGGAUGGGGAACAGAUCCAUCAAAGUGGAAGCCGGCUCCAAGCCUAAUGUCUGCCUGCGUCCAUCCGCUGUGGAAAACAAAACGUGGAAGAAAACAAUUAAGCAAGAGGUUCAGCACUUCGGUUGUGAGAGCAUGCAACAAAAAAGUAUAAUUGAAACAAUGGAGCAACAGCUGAAGCAGAUUCAGGUCAAGACGCUCUUUGAUCACAAGUCUCUUACUAUCAAAUCCCCGAAGCAUGUGAAGGUUGAAACUUCAGGUCCCGUCACUAUUCUGUCAAGAAAUUCCACCGCUGCAGAUUUCAGCAGCCACACAGCCUCUUUUGAUCAACAAGCAAUUCAUUCUAACGAAAGAACACCAACCAAGAGAACUGCUGGGACGGCUCUCAAUCAUUUUUUAGAGUCUCCUUCCAAGUUAUUCGAUACCCCUGUGAAAAACCUACUGGAUACACCUGUCAAAACCCAGUACGAUUUCCCAUCAUGUAGCUGUGUUGAGCAGAUUAUCGAAAAAGACGAAGGUCCUUUCUAUACCCACCUAGGAGCCGGUCCUAAUGUGGCUGCUAUUAGAGAAAUGAUGGAAGAACGGUAUGGACAGAAAGGCAGUGCCAUAAGAAUCGAGAGGAUUGUGUAUACCGGGAAGGAAGGAAAAAGUGCUCAAGGAUGUCCUAUUGCUAAAUGGGUGAUUCGUAGAGGUAGCACUGAAGAAAAACUGCUUUGUUUGGUGCGAGAACGUGCAGGCCAUACCUGUGAAACAGCGGUAAUAGUUGUACUGAUCUUAGUGUGGGAAGGAAUUCCACAGAGCCUGGCAGACAAGCUGUAUUCAGAACUCUCAGAGACUUUAAGGAAGUACGGCACACUCACGAACCGCCGUUGUGCUCUAAAUGAAGAACGAACUUGUGCCUGCCAAGGGCUGGACCCUGAGACGUGUGGUGCAUCUUUUUCCUUCGGUUGUUCAUGGAGUAUGUACUACAAUGGAUGCAAAUUUGCCAGAAGCAAAAUCCCAAGGAAGUUUAAAUUAUUAGGGGAUGACCCAAAAGAGGAAGAAAAACUAGAGGCCAGUUUGCAAACUCUUUCAACCCUGAUGGCACCCACUUACAAGAAGCUGGCACCUGAUGCGUAUAACAACCAGAUUGAAUAUGAACAUAGAGCUCCUGAGUGUCGUCUCGGUUUGAAAGAAGGCCGUCCAUUCUCUGGGGUCACUGCUUGCCUGGAUUUUUGUGCUCAUGCUCAUAGGGACUUGCAUAAUAUGCAGAACGGUAGCACACUGGUGUGCACACUAACCAGAGAAGACAAUCGUCAAACUGGCCAAACACCAGAAGAUGAACAACUUCAUGUGCUGCCUUUGUACAAAAUCUCUGACACAGAUGAGUUUGGAAGCACAGAAAGUCAGGAGGAGAAGAAAAGGAAUGGCAGCAUUCAGGUCCUUACUUCUUUCCGGCGAAAAGUCCGGAUGCUGGCAGAACCUGUUAAGACAUGCCGGCAAAAAAAGUUGGAAGCUAAGAGAGCAGCAACGGAGAAGCUUUCUGCAAUGGAGAAUGGGUCUAGCAAACAUGAAAGAGAGAAAUCUGCCACGGCACGUCAGAAGCAGGCCAGCUCAGAGGCUUCGAGUCAUGCUAAACAGCUAGCAGAUCUAUUACGUCUUUCAGGGCCAACGAUAUCUCAACAGCAGCUUGGUCAGCUUCCGCAUCACACCCUGCCUACCAAACCACAGACAAACCACAUCAACCCAUACUCUGCUCCAGGUCCUACAAACCUCUACAUGGGUCUGCCUGGCUCAGCAACUCCAUAUCCAAAUUCUUCACAUGCUUCGGAUCCUUAUGGAGGGUCCAACCCCAUGAAUAUCUACCCAACCUCUUCACAGUCUACAGGAGCAUAUUUGAAUUCUUCCAGUCUAAUGAAUCCCUACUCUGUCCAUUUAGGUCAAAAUAAUCAAUAUUCUCAUUACCAAUGCAAUGGGAACUUGGCUAUGGACAGCUGCCCCUCCUACUACGGUUCUUAUUCCUCUCAGCCUCAGCAUAUGGACUUGUUUAGGUAUCAGAGCCAAGACUCUCUAUCUAAACUAAGCCUACCACCAAUUCAUACAUUUUAUCAGCAUAAGUUUGGAAAUGGUCAAAACUUUGGGCCCAGAUACUUGAAUUGUGGAAACCAUAAUGUCCAAGUAGAUGCUUUCAACAGUUGUACCAUUAGACCAAACAUUCAACAUGGAGGAUCUUUUCCUCCAUACUCCACACAUGAGGUGGAUGACCAUUUUAUGGACAUUGCCUCUAGAUUGAAAUCUAAUCUAAGCAACCCAGGUAUGGACUACAUGAAUAAAAAUGGUGAUCUAUAUCCCCCUCCACACUUAACACAUGACUAUCACUCUGCUGCAGGUGUGUUCAGUGGUCCUCAUUCACUCCAUCUCCAGAACAAGAAUAAUCAAAUAGCUAAUGGGUUUCCAAACAUGCUUCCAGGUCUUAAUCAUGGUAGGACUUCUUCCCAUGAAGGCUUAAGUAAAACUGAGGUGCUCAGUCCAGAGGACCCAGAGGAGGUGUGGUCGGACAGUGAACAGAGCUUUCUGGAUUCAGAUAUUGGAGGUGUGGCGGUUGCCCCAUCCCAUGGGUCAAUUCUCAUAGAGUGUGCAAAACGUGAGCUUCAUGCAACAACUCCCCUGAAAAAUCCCAACAGGAACCAUCCCACAAGGAUAUCGCUUGUCUUCUACCAGCACAAAAGUAUGAAUGAGCCAAAGCACGGUCUCGCUUUGUGGGAGGCAAAAAUGGCCGAGAAGGCAAGAGAGAAAGAGGAGGAUUGUGAAAAAUACGGUCCAGAUUAUGUGCCUCAGAAAGUGCAUGGCAAAAAAGUCAAGCGGGAGCCCCCUGAACCGCAUGAGAACUUGGAACCAACGUACAUGCGCUUCUUCAAGUCUCUUGCAGAAAGGACUAUGUCGCUCACCACAAACUCCACAGUUACCACAUCUCCAUAUGCCUUUACGCGGGUAACAGGGCCUUACAACAGAUAUAUUUAAAACUUCUUUGUCCAUUACCUCAUUCUGUUAAACUAUUCAGUAAGGUAAUAAUUAUUUUAGCUUCUGGACAGGGAAAGGGCAAGAGACCAUUUUGGUUUUGGUCUUUUUUUAAAAAAAACUCCUCAAUGGGAAAACCUCGGCACACCCGCAAAAGAGGUGAGGUUGCUACCUUGCUUAUUUUGUUAGUGGUCACAGAAAACAUCUGAAGAACUAAAACCAAAGUACCCUAUGCAAAAUUUAGUAAGUAACAUUCUCCAGUUCACAUUCAAAUACUGGUUGAAUACUAGAAAAAUAAUCUGUCUGCAUAAUGUUUAAAUUUUUCCAUCUGUGAUCAUUUAUAAUGAAAUUAAGAAAGAGGGGGCUUUCUUUUUAAAAAAUAGGAAUGCUGUCAUGUUUCAGUGACAUAACUUUCAAAAUUCCACCUGGUGCUUAAUCUAUGAUGUGCUGAAAUACUGGAUAUAUGGCUUUUUAACAUGCAGGGGUUUAUCUUUCCUGUAAUCUUAAUAUUGACUUGAUUUUAUUAACCAGGAUAGCUACAUAUAUAACAUAAUGAAUUCAAAGCAAAACUCUGGAUUUGUUUGGAUAUUCGAAAACAUGGUGCUAUUGUACAAGAAUGGUGUCUAAUGCAGCAGCCGAAGAGUUAUUGAUUUACUAACCAGGAUUAUGUUAACAUUGGAUGCUGCUCUCCUUGAAUGGCUAACAGGACCUUUACAUUACUGCUUAUAUCCAAAUAGCCUGCUGUUUUGGAGGGGGGAAAGUUUUUAAAAUAGGUUGAAUUGUUGUGACCAGAGCUAAGAUCCAACAAAGCUAUAUCUGAGCAGGAAGGGCACAUGUAGCGAAAGACCUCUGUUGACAGUUUGCCAUUGUAGCUGCUCUCAAGGACUUCGAGCAGCAUUUCAGAUUGGAAAUCAAUUUGCCUCUUGAGCAAUAGGAGUUCAUGAGACACAUCAAAACCAUUUAUAAUGGAAGCAAAUGUAGAAUGUUGUUCAUGUGUUGUGUAGGAUUUAAAUGUAUUUCCUCAAACCAGGCCUGUGCUAGCAAAUUACUGCCUUUUCACAACAUUUGGACAGGAGUAUCACAUCUUGAAGUUAUUGUAAGGGUUACUUCCACGCCAAGGUUUGAUAUCCAGAUUGGCGUGGAUUGUUUUGGAGCAUCCUAGCACUUAUUUUUUGGAGGUAUUUCCCAGCUUUGAUGUGAUCUUUUUGGGAAGCAGUUAUAUGCCACUUCCGCACAUGCAGAAUAAUGCACAUUCAAUCCACUUUCACAAUUGUUUGAAAGUGGAUUU